AUGAUUUCGAUCCCGUCGACCUACUCCUCCUUCACCUCCUCCCCGGGCACAGUCGUUGGUAUAGUCGUUGGCACAGUAGGCGGCUUCGUCCUUCUUGUCUGGGUCCUACUCCUCAUUUUUGGCCGCAGCACUACUGUUGUCGAUGACAUGACUACAGUGACGGACGACAGCAGACUGCCCCGCCGCUCUGCAUCACAUCGACGACGACCGGAGGUGAUAGAGGUCAUGACCGAAAGUACAUCUUCGCGGUCAGAGGACGUUGUGGAGGUGUUUGAGGAAUUGUCAACGCCGCCACAAUCGGAGAGGAAGUCUUAUAGUAAACGCACUGGAUCUUACCGAACAGUUGAUCCGAGCGAAUAUGGAGGCGGGAGAGGUUCCAGCAGACGGGUACGACAUUGA